AUGUCGACAGUGUUUCAACGAAAGAUUGGUAAUGCCUCCGUAUCCGCCGUUGGCUUUGGGGCAAUGGGAAUCAGUGUCGCAUACGGUACCACUGAACCAGACGAAGAGCGAUUCAAGGUGCUGGAUGCUGCAUUCGAAGCGGGAUGCACGUUCUGGGAUAGCGCCGACGUAUAUCUCGAUUCGGAAGACCUCAUUGGGAAAUGGUUCAAGCGUAAUCCCGGAAAACGCGAUUCCAUUUUCCUUGCCACGAAAUUCGGAGUCACUAUGCAAGGUACUCGCGGUGAUCCUGAGUACGUCAAGGAGCAGUGCUAUAAGUCACUCAAGAGGCUCGGUGUAGAUUACAUCGACUUGUAUUAUCAACAUCGAGUCGACCCAAACACUCCCAUCGAGAAGACAGUAGAGGCUAUGGCUGAACUUGUCAAAGAAGGCAAAGUCAAGUACCUCGGUCUCUCAGACUGUACAGCGUCUGGUCUCCGUCGCGCCCAUGCUAUCCACCCCAUAUCCGCCCUCCAAAUCGAAUAUUCACCUUUCAUGCUUGACAUCGAAAAGCCACCCCUUGAGCUCAUCCAGAUAGCUCGUGAGCUGGGCGUGAAGAUCGUUGCCUACUCUCCGCUCGGUCGUGGCCUCCUGACAGGCCAAAUCCGCUCUCGAGAUGACCUUGAGCCGACAGAUUUCCGCUUGACGGUGCCCAAGUUCAGCGCAGAGAAUUUCCCAAAAAUCCUGUCGCUUGUAGACAGGAUUGGAGACGUGGCGCAGAGACAUGAUGCGACACCUGGACAAGCUGCGCUCGCAUGGAUUCUGGCGCAGGGCGAGGAUGUCUUUGUCAUUCCAGGGACGAAGAAGAUCAAGUACCUGAAAGAAAACCUAGGUGCUGAGUUGCUCAGGCUGACACCACCGGAGAUUGCGGAGAUACGACAAAUUGCUGAAGAAACGGAGAUUCCAGGAGACCGCUACGGACCAGGAUUCUUGGAGUUGACAUACGUCGAGAGUCCGGCAUUGAAAUGA